AUGAAGUUAAUAGUUUUUUUAAUUUUUUUGAUCGUUGAGAGGUUACAAUGCCGGUCUGCAAAUGAUUUUUUGAAAGAUGUAUUUUCAAUUGAAGAUGAUUCAAAAGAGCAAAAAUGCUCAACGAUGCAAUGUCAAACGGCAGAAUAUCUGUUGAAGAGUAUGAAUAGAUCAGUAGAUCCGUGUGAGGAUUUUUACGAGUUUACGUGUGGUUUGUGGGUUAAAGAACAUCAAGUUAAAGCCACUAAAGUAUCUUGGUAUCAAUACAAAGAGGCAGAAAAAAGUAUAACGAAUAAUUUAAAAGAAAUUUUGGAAGAAGAGAAUCCUGAUAAAAUUUUAGAUCCAGCACAAAAGUUCUACAAAAGUUGUUUAAACUCUGUCAGUAACGGAAUGAAUAUUGAAUACUUAAAAUCGAUUAUCUCAUUGUUUGGUGGAUGGCCGAUAGGACAAAAUGACUAUAGCGACAAGUUACAAUCUCUGGAUUGGAUGAAAAUGUAUAUUUACAUGGAAAAAAACUGGAAAGUGUCAACUAUUUUAGAUACUGGUAUUUCUAUUAAUUAUUUGAAUACCAGUCAAUACAUUCUAAUGAUAGGUCAGCCAGACUUAAUGCUACCGAGAUCAAUGUUCAUGCAUCCAGAUCGGUAUAAGACUCAAAUGAACGCUUAUUCGAAACUUAUAGCUGGUACGGUAUUUUUGUUGCACGAAGAAUUUGGUUCUAAAUUGUCUAGAAGCAGAUAUUUCGGAGACGAAAUCGCCGGCGAAAUAAUUAAAUUCGAAACACAACUGGCCAAAAUACAAAGCACCGGAGAAAUGAAAAAAAGUGAAAAGGCAUUAAAGAAUCGCGUAAUGACAAUAGACGAACUUCAAAAAGAUAUAAACAGUGUAUCGGAUACGUUUCAGGUCGAUUGGUUAAAAAUGUUUCGGCUACUGUUUAAAGGCACUGAUGUACAUCUCAAAAAGACUGAAAAGAUAUUUGUAAAAGAAGAGCACUAUCUAAAAGACUUGGUACGAUUAUUGGAAAAAACGCCAAAAAGAAUUUUAAUAAAUUAUAUGUCGUGGUGCUUUUUAAGAUCCAUGCUAUCUGAUAUCAAAGAAGAUUUGAAAAAUCUUGUUCAAGAUUUUAAUGUGGUGUUCACUGGGGACGUCAAAGAAGUUUCUAGGUGGUUGGAUUGCGUGUCAAUUACCAGCUCGUAUUUUGCGUUCAAUGUUGGAUAUAAGUACAUCACCAAGUAUUUCGACAAGUCUACGAAAGACAUGGCUACAGAAAUGGUCAAUAACAUUCAAGAAGCUUACAUGGAACAAUUAAAGAACAUAGCUUGGAUGGAUUCGAUUACUCGGCAAUCCGCUAUCGAUAAAUUACAAUCGAUGCACAAGUUUAUCGCAUACCCUGAUUGGUUCCAAGACACGUCGUAUUCACAUAAUAAACUAAAAAUUGUAAAUAUGACGGAAAGUUAUUUAAUGAACUUGGAGAUUCUACAAAUUGAAUCAAACUUAAAAAAACUUUCAAAAUUAAACAAUAUUCACAAUCAUACAGAAUGGACGACGGAUAUAGUUAGUGUAAAUGGAUACAACGACAUCUACUCUAACGCAAUUGUUUUGCCAGCCGGAAUGUUACAACUUCCGUUUUAUCACAAAAGUCGAAUUCAAGCUUUAAAUUAUGGAAUGGUGGGCUUAGUUGUAGGACACGAAAUAAUGCAUGCAUUUGACGAUUCUGGAAGAAUGUAUGACAAACAUGGCAAUAGGCGACAAUGGUGGACUCAAGAAACAAUGGAGACGUUUUCAAUAAAAGCUGAAUGUUUCGUCCAACAGUAUAAUAAUUAUAGUUUGACUGUUCUGGGUAAUCAAGUUAAGAUAAAUGGCCAAAUGACUCAAAAUGAAAACAUAGCAGAUAUAGGCGGUUUAAGUCAUGCUUACAUGGCAUAUCAAAAAUACGUAUCGAAACAUGGAGCAGAAAACCGACUACCCGGAUUAGAGGAUUUGUCACCCGAACAAUUGUUUUUCGUAGGAUUCGCCAGUAUAUGGUGUGAAUCUACAACUGAACAGACAUUAUUAAACGAUUUAUUGACUGACGUCCAUAGCCCGGGUAAAAUUCGAGUAUUAGGAACCUUAUCGAAUUCUAACGAAUUUGCCAAAGCCUUUCGAUGUCCAAUUGGGUCUCCCAUGAAUCCGUUAAAAAAAUGUAAAAUUUGGUAAAAUAUUAUAAUAAAUGAAUAAAUGAAUAAAUAA